AUGGCCGCAAUAAGUGACAAUUCAGUUACCUCUUCUUCAUCGCCACCCCCCAUAACCGUCACGGUUACUGCCCGUAUCCGCCUCGAGGUUGCCACUGCCUGCUGCACCAACAACAUCGCCCAAUGGUUCACUCCCCAGGGAGUCCCUAGCCAUCCUGCGCAUGGUGAGAAGCGCCAUUACAAGAGCCAAUGGCUGCACUCACAUCCCAACAUUGUGUGCCUCCCAGUCGUCCAGCUCUCCUUCAAAGCGUGCCCUCGGUGGAGCCAGCCACCUAACCCAGGUGAUGCUUCACAGGUUGCCCCUAUCGCCGGCCCAAAUUUCCGCAUGGCAUAUAGCCAGCGCGCAGGCCCAAUACCGGGCGGCGACCUUCGUUUCCGAUACCCGGCUGCUGCUCUCCCUUAA